CCGGGUUCCGAUUUGCGGAAUUCUGUAAAACUCCUUAUUUGGCUUCAAUGCUGCUCUCUGACCUUUGUCCUUAUAUAUAACUAACGUAAGCAAACAAGAUAAUUCUUACCUCUUCGUCUCUACCGCAUUAUAGCUCAUUUCUCCUGUGUUUAAAAGUCUGAUAUUCUAAAAAAGUAACAUAAUGUAUAAGUAAUGUGUCGGCAAUGAGCUUCAGUGUUUGGCAACAAGUAAGAUAGUUGCCUUUAAUAUUUGCUUUCCAAUUAUAAUCAAAAACAAUGUAAAAAAUAUGUGUUGACGUGCUUUGACCACCGUUCCUGCAAAACUAUUUUGUGUGUGAAGUGUGUAAAAAGUCGUUGAUACAAAUGGGAGGGCGUGAGGCCAAAAGCUGAUGGCAAAUCUUUGUGCUGAAAUAAGUGGUAGAUUUUUCUACAACACGGAAAAUAUCGUAACGGCAUCAAUUUCUUCUCCUUAGUCCGUGAAUAUUUCCUGGCAACACUGUAGUUUAAAAUGGUUUCAUCUCUUUUAUAUGUAAUUUGGAGGAAUGAAAGAACAAACUAAGCUUAAUAAGUGCUAAGGUGAAGAUUCAUGUUGAUAAAUUAGUCCGAAAUAAACAAACUUGUUUUUCAUGACAUGUGUUCCUGAAAAUCAUGCCAUGUAUAUAUCGCAUUAGAUGUGUCUUUUGUUCAAAUGGUUGUAUAUCAUAUGUGCAUGCACCAACUACUUUACUUAAUCUAAACAUUCCAGGUUGUCUUGAAAUUGUAACAUCUCCCACAUUGCUAUGAAUUAGGGAUAAGUUCUUGGUUAUAUUUCCAAAGAGACCUUGUCAUUUUAUCGCAUAUAUUUGAGCAUAACGUGUGUUGGAAAUUUUCAUGCGGAGAAAGAAACUUCUUACGAAUUCAUGCCUACUCCCCAACAGAAAAACCUCACAUACAGGAGGUAGGUAAAAGUCAUUUACACAGAAGUGUCAAUAAAACCUGCAUUUCCUUCUUAGUGCAGGAUAAGAAUAAUCAUAAUGUGAGGUAUGUAUAAGUCAUUUGCUGAUAACUCCAGUUUAAAAGUCCAAAUGCUUAUUCACACAAAAAGAGAAACCUCGUGUAUGCAGUGUGUAACAAGUCAUUUAGACUAAAGAGUUAUGUAAACAAUCAUAUACAUAUUAGCACAGGAAAGAAACCUUGUGUAUGAGGUGUAUAGCAAGUCAUUUCGUGUGUAAGGUAUAUAAGAAUUCAUUUGGACAAAAGAGCACCUUAAACAUGAAUAUGCUUGUUCUCGCAGGAAAGAAACCCUAUGUGUGCGAGAUAUGUAAUAAGUCAUAUAGUCACAAACGUAGUUUAAAACACCAUAUAGUUAUUCACACUGGAGAGAAACGUCAUGUGUGUGAAAUAUGUAAUAAGUCAUUUGCUUACAAAGUUAGUUUAAACAACCAUUUAUAUAUUCACACAGGAGAGAAACCUCAUGUGUGUGAAGUAUGUAACAAAUCAUUUAUUCAAAAAAGUGAUUUAAACAAACAUAUUCUUAUCCACACUGGAGAGAAACCUCAUGUAUGUGAGGUAUGUAACAAGUCAUUUAUUCAAAAAGGUGAUUUAAACAAACAUAUGAUGAUUCACAACGGAGAAAAGCCUCAUGUGUGUAAUGUAUGUAAUAAGUCAUUUACUCACAAAUCUAGUUUAAAGUACCAUAUAUUUAGUCACACUGGAGAGAAACCUCAUGUGUGUAGGCUAUGUAGUAAGUCAUUUGUUUACAAACAUAGUUUAAACAACCAUAUGCUUAUUCACACAGGACAGAAACUUCAUGUGUGUGCAGUAUGCAACAAGUCAUUUACUCAAAAAGUUACUUUAAACCGACAUAUACUUUUUCACACAGGAAAGAAACCUCAUUUUUGUGAGGUAUGUAAUAAGUCAUUUACUUUAAAAGGUAGUUUAAACAACCAUAUGCGUCUUCACAGAGGAGAGAAACCUCAUGUGUGUGAGGUAUGUAACAAAUCAUUUACUCAAAAAGGUACUUUAAACAACCAUAUGCUUCUUCACACAGGAGAAAAACCUCAUGUGUGUGAGAUAUGUAACAAGUCAUUUGCUCAAAAAAAUUAUUUAAGCAAACAUACUUUUUCACAUCAAAAAGAAACCUCGUGUGUAAGUUUUAAAAAAGCAUAUUCAAACAAUGAAAAGUUAGACACUGAUUAUACUGUUCUGAAUCAGUAAGUUUUAUUGAUGUCGCAUUCCUCCCAUUCAGGUAAUGCCUUGAGUUGUUUCAAGCUUAAAAUGUUGAACAUUUUCAUUUGUUCUUUGGAAAUUUCAAUCUUAUUUUGCACUGUAAUUCACUUUUCAUUUCUUUUUUCAGUUAAAGUGCAAAAUCGCCCGCUUAUAUGGCACAUAUCGAUGUGUACAUGGACAAAGUGAAAGGAAUUUGCAAUGCCAAGUUUGUGCAAUUCUCUGAUUUUUUUUAAGUGAAAAUAGGUUGAUGUGUACAUGGGUACCAAGUUUGUGCAAUUCUUUGACUUGUUAUUUUCAAAUUGAUGCAAAAUCACUCACUUGUAUGACGCUUAUCAAUGUGUAAAUGGACAAAGUCAAGAGAGUGUGCAAUGCCAAGUUUGUGCAAUUCUCUGAUUUUUUUUUUUUUUUUUUGGCUCUAGUGUAGAAUUGGGUGCCCCUUCGAUUAGCGACAAUUUUUUUUUUUUUUUUUUAAUUUAACCAGAAAGCUAAAAUAGUUGAAACUAUCAUGGCAACCAGAAAUGAAACCUCAUUUCUGGUUACCAUCAUAGUUUCAACUUUAUUUUAGCUUCCUGAUUUUUUUGGGGGGGGGAGUAAAAGUAUAGUUUAGGGUACCCCUUGGCGAAACUUGACGAUUUUUGGAGGUACAUGGAUACUGAUUUUGUGCAAUUCUUUGACUCGUUAUUUUGGUUUGCGAAGCGUCGAUUUUUACGCCAAAAAUCAACGCUACACAGAGCCAAAAUAACAAGACAAACAAUUGCACAAACUCGGUAUCCAUGUACACAUUGACUUAUUUUCACUUUAAAAAAAUCCCCGAAUUGCGCAAAAAUGGCAUUGUGCACUCCUUUGACUUUAGCU